AUGGGACGCGACGGGGCGAAGCUCUUCCAUUCCUUCGAUUGCCUGCCGCUGCCGCUGGCGUUUGGCGACUGCCGGUGGCGAUGCUUUUGUGUGUGCGCUGCCUACUCGCAAUGCGACCUCGCGACAGCCACUGAGAGGAGGGGCGGGCGCAUUGCGGACACGUAUGUAGGAAGAAAGGCGACGGCGCAGGCGCCUGCAAAAGGCUUAGAAAUGAGCGACGUGUAUUUCCACAUCCGGAGAGCUGAAAAGAUCGGCAGCCCCGAUUGGCGCGCCCCCGGGCCUUUUUACCGUUCCUUCGUCUUUACUUGCCCGCCCAACUCGCCUGCUUUUGGCUACUGCCAGGGUUCUCCGUCCUGGACCCCUGACUCUCUGCGGAGCGACAGAGAGCUGGGGUACUACUCGAGUACACAGUGUAACGGGCUAACUACGGUACCGCCGCUCGCCUGCACCUUUUGCUCACACCACCACUCACCCUAUUCCUCCACUGUUGAUGAUGAAUCUCCCCCGCCGCUGUGA